AUGUUGGAUCUUCUGAAGACCCGGGGGAAGAACGGGGCCCUGGCCUUCCUGGAAAGCCUGACCCUGGAGCCUUCCAUUGACCUCAGCAGCUUCAGCGGCCUGAUCGAGACCUCCAAGCUGACGGAGUGCCUGGCGAAGGCCGUCAACAGCCUGCAGGAGGAGCUGACGCAGGAGAAGCACCAGAAGGCGUCGCUGCUGGACCACUGCAGGCGCAGAACGCGUCUGCGGCGCGGGGAGGCCGAGCACGGCCGCAUGCGGCGGGAGCUCAGCGCCCACUUCCACGAGGUGCUGAAGCUGAAGGACGAGAUGUACAACCUGUCCCUGCGCUACACCAACGCCCUGCAGGAGAAGGAUCUGGCCAUCACGCGCAGCCAGGGCCUGCAGGAGGAGCUCUAUGUGAUGAAGCAGGAGCUGCAGCGAGCCCGGGCGGAGUCCCACUGCGGGAGGGAGAGGGCCCUGCGCAUGCCCAGCGACCUGCAGCCCCCGGCGGACGAGCUGCUGCGGCUGAGGUGCUGGGAGGAGAGGGAGCACACCCUGAUCGCGUGCCACAGGAUGAAGGUGGACUGCGAGAUCUACAAGGAGAAGAUCGGCGCCUUCCAGGAGCAAGUGGCCGAGCUGCAGAAGGAGCGAGAUCAGGCCUACAGCGCGAGGGACGUGGCCCAGCUGGAGAUCGCCCAGAACCUGCUGGAGAAGGAUUCCCUCCGCAGGAAGGUGUUCGAGCUGACGGACCAGCUCUGCGAGCUGCGGAAGCAGGCCGGACAGCAGCAGGCAGAGCUGGGCGGCAGGGUGAGAGGCCGGGGCCCUUGGCCCAAAAGGAAGCAGCAGCUGGUGCGCAUGCACGCCAUCUGCCCCGGGGACGACAGCCAGGCCAGCCUCAGCGGCAGCUCCCAGGAGUUCCUGGAGGUGGAUUUCACGCUCCUGGCAGGGGAGAAGGUGGAGUCGCCCGACCUGGAGUAUGAGCUGGUGGAGAAGGAUGGGGGCACGCCCAUUCGCCGGCGGCCUGCCCGGCGCAUCCCCAGCCGCAUCACCACCGUCGCCUUCCACGGCAACGCCCUGCUGGAGCAGAUCGGCGUCAUCGGGGGGAACCAGACGGGCAUCUUCAUUCACCAGGGGCUGGCCCUCUGCUCCCGGCGGCCUGCCCGGCGCAUCCCCAGCCGCAUCACCACCGUCGCCUUCCACGGCAACGCCCUGCUGGAGCAGAUCGGCGUCAUCGGGGGGAACCAGACGGGCAUCUUCAUUCACCAGGUCACUCCCGGCUCCGUGGCCGACGAGAUGUGUCUGACCCCCGGCAAUCAGAUCAUGGUGGUAAGGGGCUGGCCCUCUGCUCCCGGCCUGGCUCUCCCUAGUCCCUCCCGCUAG